AUGUCAGGUACAAAAGCUGCCCUCAAAGGCAUCAACGAUGCUAUUCGACAGCAAAAGUUUGACGAUGCCGUGAGCAAAGCUCAGGAGCUUCUGGAAAAAGACUCCAAGAACUAUCAGGCUCACAUCUUCCUAGCAUUUGCUUUGGAUAAGAAGGACAGACUCGAUCAAGCUCAAGAAACUUAUCGGUCUGCGACAUGGCUCCGACCUCAAGAAGCACAGGCUUGGCAGGGUCUGAUUAAGCUAUUUGAGAAGCAGAGCAACAGGAAGCUCACAGACUAUCAGCAAGCAGUCGUGAACCUCGCCCAGAUUUACCGAGAUGCUGAUGACAUGUAUAAGGCUCAAGAUGUGGUGGAUAAGUUUGUCGAUUUUGCUAGGGUGAAGGGAGACGACAUCCAGUACGCCGAAGCACUGUCGAUACAGCUUCCUGAAAGUCCAUUGUACCCUGUCCUUGAGGGCCGCUUCCCUCAGCCAGCCAGGACAUAUGAGACCAUAGCACUCAUCCUUGAGAAGUAUGAGAAGCACCGAAUAAACACUCUUAUCGGAGAGCGACGAACCAAGCUGGGCGCCAAACUUUCCGAAGUCACACUUGACGCCAAGCGCGAGGUUUACAGCCAGAGCAAACUCGAACACAUUUACCGACAAUUGAUCAACUGGACGAAUGAUGACGACUUGAGAAGGCAGUACGAGGAGAAGCUUCUGCAACUUUGCUACGAUCGACUCCAAGUUGCGUCACCAGGCGCCGACAAAGAUACAGAGCGUCAAAAAGUACUCGAUCUGGCUAACGGUAUGGUUGCCAUCAAGUAUCCCCACAAGCUGGCUUGGGAUAUCUCAAUAGAGUGGCAGGAUAAGAAAGAAAUCCGAGAAUGGGAUGUCGACGUCCUUCGAGCUUAUUGCUCUUUCUUUCCUGACAGCGAUCUGUACAAGGUCAUCACAAGUUUUCUAACAAGUCCAAUCUCACCAUUUCCUCCCGAAAAGACUCAAGAAAAAGCCAAAGCUGCCCCCAAUGAUUCAGACGAAAGCUCAGACGACGACGAUGGAGGCGUUCCCACUCUUGUGGUACCUUUGACCGACGAGGACCGUCUUAUCAUGAUUACCGAGGGCAUUACUACCGCAGACUCAGUUCUUGCAUAUCGACUUACUGCCCAAUACCUCCUUCACAUUGGAGAGUAUGAGAGUACUGUUGAGCUCAUGCGCAAGGGAAUGGCUUUGCUGGCACAAGAGCGCAAGAAGACCGGCCUCUCGUUCGUCCAUGCCGAAGACUCUUAUUACCUCUCACUCGGAACAGCGCUAGUCUACUACCAAUCCCCUCGACAUCAUAAGGAAGCAAAGGAAUUAUUCGACAAGGUUCUCGAGCGCGACACAACUUCUACCUCUGCUUUGAUCGGCGUUGGCCUUAUUUACGAGGAGGAGGAAGAAUAUGAUGAGGCUAUUGACUAUCUCACUCGAGCUUUGGAACGUGAUCAAACCAAUAUCAGAGUUAAAUCCGAAGCGGCAUGGGUUAAGGCACUGAAAGGAGAUUGGGAAACCGCGAGAGACGAACUCAAGGAAUGCCUUGAGCCAUUGGAAAAGCAAGGAGCUGCCUCGAAGGAGUUAUUGGGUGAAACUCAACACCGUCUAGGAGUAUGUAUCUGGAAUAUCGAUACCAGCAAGGCUGCGCGAAAACAGCGAAAGGGAGAAUCGGCGUAUGCAUACUGGCUAAGUGCCCUCAACAAUCACCUGAACCACGCACCCACAUACACAUACCUUGGAACCUACUAUGCCGACUACGCGAAGGAUAAGGGCCGUUCGAGACGAUGUUUCCAGAAAGCGCUGGAACUUUCUCAUGCUGAAGUGGUUGCGGCCGAGAGCCUAGCACGGUCAUUUGCGGAUGAUGGAGAUUGGGAUAGAGUCGAGCUCGUUGCCCGCCGUGUCGUCGACUCUGGUAAAGUGAAACCACCACCUGGAUCUAAGAGGAAGGGAAUUAGCUGGCCAUUCGCUGCACUGGGUGUCGCAGAAUUGAACAAGCAAGACUUCCAUAAGGCUAUUGUGUCGUUCCAAGCCGCGCUUCGAAUUAGUCCCGAAGAUUACCACUCUUGGGUUGGCCUAGGAGAGAGUUACCACAGCUCCGGUCGACAUAUCGCCGCCACCAAGGCCAUUCUGAAUGCCCAGAAGCUUGAGGAGGAGACAGAGGUUGAUAUCUCUGGAGAUACGUGGUUCACAAAGUACAUGCUUGCUAACAUUAAACGCGAGUUGGGCGAAUACGAUGAGUCCGUCGCUCUCUACAGAUCAGUCAUUGAGACACAUCCCGAAGAGGAGGGCGUUAUCAUUGCUCUUCUUCAAACGACAGUCGACAGCGCGCUUUCAUCUGUUGAGAAGGGAUUGUUCGGAAAGGCUGUUCAACUUGCCACCGAGACCAUCGAGUAUUCGAAGACAACCAGCGGUAGCGUUUUCGAGACGUUUAACUUCUGGAAGGCUAUCGGCGAUGCAUGCUCUGUCUACUCGUCUGUCCAAAGUCGCACAAAUGACUUCCCUUGCGAUUCCAUCCGAAGUGUCCUCGAGAAGGGUUCGCAGGAGGCAUAUGAAAUAUUUGCCGAUAUCGAUAAAGUCGGAACUGAUGUAGUCUUCGCUCAGGGACUCUACGCAGACGAUGAACAGCCAGGCGUUGACCUCACUCGAUGUAUCCACGCUACAAUCCUAUGCCACAAGCAAGGAGUUCAUAUUGCGUCCAACGACCGCCAUGCUCAAUCUGUUGCCUACUACAACCUGGGAUGGGCGGAGUACCGUGCCCAUAUCUGCCUUCCACCUGAAAUCAGGAAGAAGUCUAGCAGCUACAUCAAGGCUGCGGUGAGAUCUUUCAAGCGUGCGAUCGAGUUGGAGGCUGGAAACUCGGAAUUCUGGAACGCUCUUGGUGUGGUGACGAGUGAAAUCAAUCCUUCAGUUUCGCAGCACGCAUUUGCCCGAAGCUUGUAUCUCAACGAACGAAGUCCUGCAGCCUGGACUAAUUUGGGAACACUCGCUUUAUUGUCCGGAGAUGUUCAGCUAGCCAACGAGGUCUUUACCAGAGCUCAGUCUACUGAUCCUGACUAUGCACAUGCUUGGUUGGGACAAGGGUUUGUGGCUCUCUUGCACGGCGAUACCAAGGAGGCUCGUGGCUUGUUCACACACGCAAUGGAAAUUGCAGAUGCAUCUUCAGUUCCAACAAGACGUCACUACUCGAGCGCCUUGUUCGACCACAUUCUCACCGUAUCUCCUAACGAGCUCAAUGUCGAAUCCCUUAUCCAGCCACUUUUCGCUCUCAACCAAUACCAAAGCCUCAAGUCACAAGACUUGGCGUUUGCGCACUUGGCAACACUGUUCCAGGAACGCACUAACGAGAGCAGCCGUGCUGUUGAGACGCUGGAGAAGAUUUCUUCAACCGUCGAAGCUGACUUCGAGAGCACAGAAUCUCCCGAGAGUCUUGCCAAGUUUGCAUUGGCCAAGACGGAUCUGGCACGAACUUAUCUUGCAUCUGGCUCUUACGAGGAAGCAAUUGAGUGUGGUGAGACAGCCCUAGGAUUGAGCAGCGAUGAAGCAGAGAAUGAACUCUCGAGCGAGCAACGCAAGCAGGCGCGAUUAUCUGCUCAUCUCACCGUCGGACUGGCCCAAUACUACAACAAUCAGUUCGAUAAAGCUAUCGGAUACUUCGAGUCCGCCUUGGAAGAAUCUGACGGCAACCCUGAUGCCGUUUGCUUGUUAGCUCAAGUGCUCUGGGCUGAAGGGUCAGAAGAAUCUCGAGACAGAGCUCGCGAAAAGCUAUUCGAGACAAUCGAACAACACCCCGAGCAUGUUCAGUCUGUUCUUCUCCUCGGUGUCAUUGCUCUGUUGGAUAACGAUGAGGAUAGCUUGGAGGCCGUUGUGGAAGAGCUAUACGGACUCCGCACCAACCACAAGGUGACAGCAUCAGAGCAGUCGAACAUCGGCGAAGUACUACGUGCUAUUGCAACUCUGGGAGAGGGACGUACGGAAGAGGAUAUGAAGACGCAAUUGCAGACAGACAUAAUGCUGCACCCCAACCUGCCUCACGGCUGGGCUGCCAUGGCGCAAUCUACAGGUGAUGAGCAUGCCGCUCAGAUGGCACUCAAAGUAGCAGCAAGAGGUAUUCCUCCAAAGGGCCUCUUGGAUGCACAGGAUCUUUCAAAGGCCUAUGCCGGAACAGCGACUGCUGGCGAUGCCCAACGAGCAACAUUCCUGGCCCCUUGGGAGCAAAAUGGCUGGUCAUCUCUUGCUGUUGCUACGGAGGGUAUAUGA